CAUCCUCGGUCCUCCUUGUGCUUGCUCUCGCUCGCGCGCGCACGACACACACACUCACACUUGUAGUCACAGGCGGAAAUGGAUCUCCAAGCCCUUCAGAAAUAUCCCCCUUCCCCUUUCUACUUUCCCCAAGCGUCUGAGUCUCCCGCCUCUUCCAACACUCUCCCGCAUCUCAACUAGAGAUCUCAAAGUAUUAAGAGAAGAACACUGCCAAGCCCGUUAUUCGUUACCGGGCGACUCCGUGGCUCUCUCCAUUGCUGUCCCCGCGCACCUCCAACACGAGGUCCCAGCCCCUGAGUCUUCCCCCCAUCGCCUUCACCCUACCCUAACCCCGCGUCACCGUGGGCCACCGAGAGCCUUGGUGCUCUCCUCUCCUGGUCGCUGCCCUUCCCCCCACUUCCUCAGGCGUCGCCUGUGACCCAGGAGGAAGCCACUGCACUUCCUGGGGUGGGGGUGGGGAGUCUGUGGAUGCUCUGCCCCAAGGGGUCCCGCCAAAGCCCAGGUGCCAAGGGCAGAGAACCAGGGAAAACCCCUCGGAGGCUGAGCCCCAGAGACAGAGAGAUCCUGGGACACGGUGGGGGUGGGGGGAGAGUCAGAGCGAGAGAAGGUAUGCUGGGAAGGGCCAAGAGAGCAAGGCAAAGGGGGCAGAAAGACAUACUGGGACUCUGAGGCAGGGAGACACCCCAGGUGUGGCCUCACUGUCCUCCUCUGACAGAUGAGGGGCUCGAGUUCCAUUUUCUCCAAGGUCCCUGCCAGCGAAGACAUUCUGGCUUCCUCUCAGCCUCUGGGGAGGAGAAACGAACACAGAGGGAGAGAGAAAAGGCAGAGGGGCAGCCUAAGGGGCAGACUGAGCCAAAGCCAGCCUCCCAGGAGUCCAUGAAGUCAUCCAGGCUCUGUGAGGUAGAGCCUGGUCUGGCUUGGGCUAGGCUAAAGAGGAGAUCUGGAUGAAGGCAGAGCCCAAACAGGAGCUGCCCUGGACCCACAGACCAUCCCUCUCUAUAUCUCCAUAUCCCCAGAGCCAUGGAGAGGCAGGAGAGGUCCCUCCAGGACUUAGGGACGGCAGGGACCAGGGAAUCAGAGGAGGCAGGGGAACCCCAGAGCUCUGAGGAGACCAGUGGUCCACUGGGGGUUGAGGAAAUCAGGACCCCAGAGGGAUUUGAGGAGACCAGAGGCCCACAGGAGAGUGAAGAGGAGUUCAGGGGCCCAGAAGAGACUGAGCUUAGGGACCCAGAGGGAUCCAAGGAGAUUAGGGGCCAAGGGGAGACUGAGGAGAACAGGGACCCAGAGGAGACUAAAGGGAUCAGGAGCCCAGGGGACACUAAGGAGACCAGAGCUUCCAGGACCCUGAGGAGACCACAGGGGGUCAGGUGGCUAGAUGAGAUUUCAGAUAAGAGGGAGACCUCAGGGGACAUAGAAACUAAGGAUCUAGAGGAGAAUAAGGAGAACAGUAACCCAGAGGACACUAAGAACACCAGGGACCCAGAAAGAUCUGAGGCCAGGCCAGAGGAGACUGAGAUCAGGGAUCCAGGGGGAUCUGAGGGGACCAGGGGUUUAGUUUUAAAGAUAAGCUCAGUGACAAUUGGAGAGAGCAGAGAACCUGGAGAGACUGAGAAGACCAGGACCCAAGACAGUUCUCAGGAGCCUGAGAUCAAAGAUGCAGUGCCUUCUGAGAAAACCAACAGUUCUAGAAGGGCUGAGAAGACCAGCACUCGAUUCAGUUAUCUGGACAUUAGGGGCUCCAAGGAAACUAGGGGUUCAGAGAGGUCUAAGGAGACCAGGCACCUAGAGGAGCCCCAGGUUAAGAUCAUGGCGGAGAAGGGCUGCCUGAGCCUCAUCAAAUAUUUCCUCUUUGUCUUCAACAUCUUCUUCUUCGUCCUGGGCAGCCUCAUAUUCUGCUUCGGUCUGUGGAUCCUCGUGGACAAGAACAGCUUUGCCUCCUUCCUGGGCAUGUCCUUUACACCGCUGAAAGUGUGGUCCUAUGCCAUGGCCAUCUCUGGGAUCUUCACGGGCAUCCUGUCUUUCCUCGGCUGCCUUGGCGCCCUCAAGGAGAUCCGCUGCCUCCUUGGCCUCUACUUUGGUCUUCUGCUGUUGCUGUUUACCGCCCAGAUCACAAUAGGAGUCCUCAUCUACACCCAGCAUGGCUCCCUGGAACGGAAGGUGAAGCUUAUCGUCCUGGACGUUAUCGAGAACUACCACAAGUACCCAGACGCGUACAGCACGGCUGAGAACUGGGAUUUUGUGCAGUUCCAGCUCCGCUGCUGCGGCUGGGACUCUCCCCAGGACUGGUGGCUGGCGUCCUCCCUUCGGCCUAAUGGCUCGGCCCCCAGCGGCGGGGAAAGAGCCUUCACCUCCUCCCCCACCACCCGGAGCAGCAGCUUGAUGUCCCCGAACAGCAGCUUGAUGUCCCCGAGCAGCCAAACGCUGGGGCCGGUUCCGCGAGUGCCCUGCUCCUGCCAGAACACAUCGGUGAUCAUGGGCGCCCCCCCGAGCCCUGCGGAGGUCUCCAAAGUCAGCCAGCCUGCCCCUGGGCCUGGGGCCAAGGCCAGCAGGGUCCUGCCGGGUCCCGGCGUCCCCGGGACCGCUACCCGACUGCACUCGGGCGAGCUGUGCUCCUUGCCAGCAGAUAGCUCGGUUUACCAGGAGGGCUGCUCUCGAAGCCUCUACACGUGGCUGCACAACAACCUCAUCUCCAUCGUGGGCAUCAGCCUGGGCCUGGGGCUGCUCGAGGUGGUGGCGUUGGGGCUGACGCUGGCGCUGCUGCCAUACGCCAGGGGCUGGGACACCGGGCGCCAGGGGAUGGAGGGCGAGUCAUCUACUGCAGGGGAGGGCGGGAACAACGGGACAGGGGCGACCUUGCCCACCUGGUGCACAGCCAACAGGUGCCCUUCGUGGGGAGCCCCAGUGCCGAGUCGCCUACCCACCGUGAUGGGGCGCUGGCUGCCACGGGAGCGUCGGACCUCGCGGCAGUCGUUUAUCUCGUCCGUGUGCAGGCUAGGGCCCCAGGGCCCUGAAUAAAGGAUUGGCUCAGACCCAGGACCGGCGAUGCCCUGCUUCUGUACCCGCCGGCCCUGACUCUGGCCUCUCCCCCUGCGUCUGUGCCCCGAUCGGCGAGCCCUGACCCCACACCCACCCUUAUCCUUAGCCCAUUGCCGACUCCCUUUCUGACCCACUCGUGUCUCCUUCCUCUCU